AUGCUGCAGUAUGCUUUUCUUUUUGGUCCCGAAACUCCAAGUAAGAGAGCAGCAAGCAUUAAAUCUCCAUUCAUGGAAAAACUGAUGGAGAAGUAUUCAAACACCACAUUCCAAUCCCAGCUUGAAGCUAUGGAACGUGCUAUUAGAGAGACAGAAGCUCAGGGAAAAAUCCCCAUCAUCAAAGAACACUCGUAUUGCAUGAUGUAUUCAGACAUGCUUCGAAAUGAAGACAGAUCAAUUGCGCCAAUUGUGGACAAACUUCUGGAUCUUCCUGAGGCAGAGAAGGAGAAUGGAACCACUGCAGCACCUAGUUUCCCUAUUCCAAACCCUACCUUCCUUCCAGACCGCCUAUUUGCCACAUUCACACCCAUUUUGAAUAUCCGCCACCCAUGUCACAUGAUUUCCUCUCUCAGACGAGCUGCACAAUCUACAGGAGCGGGUUUUCCUGACGAGGAUACCCCUAUUGACACCCAGUUUAAAUGGCAACGAAUGGUGUAUGAUUGCUACAAGGCCUGGCUCUCCACUCCAGAAGGUAUCGAAGCAGUGGGAGGUGCCUCAAUUGCAGAACAUCUCCCCAUCAUUGUUGAUGGUGAUAAACUUGUUAAUAACCCCCAAGGACAGAUGGAGACUCUCUGUCGAAUCCUAAAUCUUGAUCCGUCUGGGGUUCAGUAUACAUGGGAAGCUCGGGAACCUGAUGCAGUCCUGACUGUAUUUGUUGGGACACUCGGCAAGUCAACUGGGGUUAUUAAGGGGAAGGAUGGGAGUGACAGAAUUCCAGUGUUGGAAGAGAAGGUGAAGAAAUGGACAGAGGAGUGGGACAAGAAGACGGCAGAGGACAUGAGAUUUUUGGUCGAGAAGACAAUGGAAGACUAUAACUAUCUUCUGAAACAUAGCAUCUAA